AUGGCGGCCCUGGGGGACGAAGGGCUGGACAGCUACAUGUACACGCCCUACAGCCCCUACUCCUACCCCUAUGCGCCGGGCCCCAAGGGCAAAGGCUCUGGGGGUGGUGGGGGCGGCUGGCGGCCCCGGGCGGGGGCGGCGGGCUUCUCGGGCUACGGGCAGCUGACGGCGGCCGAGUACUUCGACAGCUAUCAGCGUGCGCAGCUCAUGGCCAUCCUGUCGCAGGUGAACCCAGGCCUCGUACCGCGACUACGCAAGGCCAACACCCGCGACGUGGGCGUGCAGGUGAACCCGCGCCAGGACGCGUCCGUGCAGUGCUCGCUCGGCCGCCGCACCCUGCUCCGCAGGAGCCGGGAGCCAGGGGGCAUCGCGCUGCCUACGGCGGCGUCUUCACCGCCUCGGCCCUUCUCACAGGGUAGCCUGGCGGCCCCGUCCCCGCGGCCCACGCGUUUCCUGCGCACCGUCGCCGUCUACUCCCCCGUGGCCUCACGUCGCCUCGCUACCUUCUUGGAGGAGGCCGAGACUGAGGUCGAGGCGGGAGGCUCUGCGGAGGUCAGCGUUGGCCACGAGGCGCAGCCCCCCGCCAGGGAGACGGCAGAGGCGACGCAGCCAGAGCCCGAGCCCGAGAGCGAGAGCAGGAAGGGCGAGGCCGACGUGCUGAGGCCUGAGCCACAGGAGGGAGGUGGAGGUCGGGCCCAGGCCACAGUGCAGGCCACUUGGGAGGAUCAGCCACCACGGCCUGAAGGCCUAAAGAAUGGCGAGGCUGUAGAGGAGCCCGAGAAAGAGCAAGAGGGGGAGACUGAGGCCCCACAGCCGCAGAGCCCGGGACAGAGCAAGACGCGGCUGCGCUUCCAGUUCUUAGAGCAAAAAUAUGGCUAUUAUCACUGCAAAGACUGCAACAUUCGAUGGGAAAGUGCCUAUGUGUGGUGUGUGCAGGGUACCAACAAGGUCUACUUCAAGCAGUUUUGUAGAACUUGUCAGAAGUCUUACAACCCAUACCGAGUGGAGGAUAUCACCUGCCAAAGUUGUAAACAGACAAGAUGCUCCUGUCCAGUGAAACUUCGCCAUGUGGAUCCCAAAAGACCUCAUCGGCAGGAUUUGUGUGGGAGAUGCAAAGGCAAACGCCUCUCCUGUGACAGCACCUUCAGCUUCAAAUACAUCAUUUAA